AUGAUUGCCUUACGGUCUUUGAAUUACUGGCUUUCUAAGUUUGUGCAAGAGGUCGCGAAAUCUUCCUCCGAACGUUAUCCCCCAAGAAAAGUGAAUGGUAUUAUUGCCGGCAUCCGUCGAUACCUUGCAGAAAAAAAGCCCGGCGAUGAUUUAAAUUUGCUGAGUACUUCGGAUAACAGGUAGGGUUUUGGUGGUAAUUACUAGCCACAUCUCUUCCGUAGAGUUCAAAUUGCCCAGUUGAGAUCCUUGUCUUUCUUAGUUGUACUAAACGUUAACCAUUUUUUUUUCUGUUUUCUAUGAUUAGAAUCUUCCGUAGAGCGCUUGAUGCUAAAAUGAAAUUGGACGCAACAAGGGCGGGAGUCACUCUUAAAAACAAGAAAGAAGAGAGGGUGCCAGCCACAGAAAAUGAAGAACAAAAGUUCUGUGAAUUGGGACUUUUAGGUUGUAAGUCAGCCAAAUUAUUGCUCCAUACAGUUUAUUAUUAUAACCGACGGAACAUUAUUUGGGCUUCGCGGCGGUGA